AUGGCCAGCUUCCCUUUUGCUUUUGACAGGACGGUCAACGUCCCUCAAGCUCGUGCUUUUUACACGGCCGCCACCGAGGCCGACAAAAUCACUGAAGCUAUCUGGCAUGAUUCUGCCGCAAAUGGUGCGCUCUAUGGCUCUAACCUCGCAGUCUUUGUCCCGUUCAACCUUGCUGCCAAGAUUGGCGAUGACAAUAUGACCAAGUUAGCCAACCGGCUCUCGGUUUUGAUCAGCGUGGCUGUUCAUGUGGUCAAAGAUGAGAGCAUUAGUGCCUUUCGCAUCUGCCCGGUCCCUGAAGUUAACCCAAAUGAUAUCGGCUUUGAGCACUACAGUCAAGUUGCUGUGAAAGUCAAAGACGCCCUGAAGAAUGGCCAGAUUACUGCUCCUGGGAAGAAGGAGAAGGCCAAGCAUGUACCUCGACCUCCUAAUGCUUGGAUUCUUUACCGCCAGAAUCACCAUGCAGUCACCACAUCUCUUUACCCCGAUCUCCCAAAUACUGAAAUAUCAAAGAUCAUUGCAAAUCAAUGGAAAAACGAGCCAUCAAACACUCGCCAGAUGUGGCAAAACAUGGCAAACCGUGCUAAAGCUCAACAUGCCUUGGAAAAUCCAUCCUAUCGGUACACUCCGCGUCGUCCUGGCGAAAAGAUGACCCGUCGAACCCGCCUCCCUAUUUCGGCUGUUAGUGAUAUCGCACGUACCAGGAGGGGCUUCCAGCGCCUUGAAGAUGCCAAAACUGGGGGAGGAACCAAUCCACAUGACUCCCACAACCAGCUUGAUGUUGAUCAAGAGCUCAUUGAAAUGAUCAACGGUAAUAGCAUGAUGCAUGGCCCGGAUGGAAUUUUGAACGACUAUCCCCUUUCCAAUGAUUUUGCGGACAUGAUUGACGCCCAGAUUAACCGCCUCCCAAUUGAGCCAGCAAAUCCAGACGUUGAAGAAGAGUCUCCUUUUUCUCAGGCGGAAAUGGACGCUUUUUUGAACCUUCAUUAG